UAUUUUCAAAACUCAAAACCCUUGCUGUUUCUUAUCAUUUUGUCAUCUUUCUUUGACAAUUAUUUAUAUAUGCAUACAUAUAUAUAUAUAUAUAUAUAUAUAUAUAUAUAGAAGUUGGGUUAGCAAAGAGAUUCAGAGAUUUCAGAGAAAUGGAGAAACAUGCUAAACCCAGAAGCAAUAUCUUAAAAUUUCUACCAAAAGCUGCUUCUGCUGUCAACUUUCAAAACCUUCCUUUCAGCCCAGGUAGAGAAAAGAGAUCAGAUAAUCACAUAAACAAGCUCAAAGCUCAUGCCGGUAAAGGAUUCUCAGGUCCCAUAAUAUCAAUAAUCCCUGAUGAAGCUCGAAGAAAGUCCAAGAAUGAAAGCUUUGAAAACCAGGAACCCACUUCGCCCAAAGUUUCAUGCAUGGGCCAAAUCAAAAAGCACAAAGCCAAUCACCAGAAGAAGAAGAUGAUGAAACAAAUGAAGUCGACGGUCUCGCUUCCAAAAGAUACUAAGCCUGCUAAAUUAUCUUCUUCUCCACGAGAGGUAAAGAAACAGGCAUCAAAGUUUAAGAGACUCUUUAGCGGCGUAAAACCACCAAGAAAAUCUGAUGUUUCUGGCGAUGAUAAUGAUCAGAAACUAACAGAUACAGCGCCUGCUUUGAAUCAGAUGAAAAAGUUUGCAAGUGGUCGUGGUGCUUUUUCCGAUUUUGAUUGGAUGGCUCAUCAGAUUGCACCGCUGGAGUCCGAUCACCGGAAUUGUUAUUCUGACGAAGAGAGAGGAGACAGUGAUCGUGAAGAAGAAGAAGACUAUAUUAUUCCAUUUUCGGCACCUUUAACGGUAGGUGGAGGAGUAGAAUUGCAGCCAAGGAAAGAAGUCAAUUUAUGGAAGAGAAGAACCAUUAAACCACCCAGGCCUCUUCAAUUGAAUUCGAUGGUCUGAGCAAAUUGAUCAAGUACAUGCAAUUUUUACUGGGUUUUUUUGUUUUGUUCAUCUCAAAUUUGAUUCUGUGCAUAUAUUUGUUCAUACAUGAAUGUUAUUCAAUGUGGUUUUUUGUCUUCAA